AUGUAAAAUGAUUGGAAGGUUCAAGUUUCAAAUGAAAACAAUAUAAUAAAGUACUAGAAUCUUGAAUACCAUAUUGAAUAAAUGUUAGGAACUGGAGCAAGUGCUAAAGUAUACAAAUCAAAAAAAUUUAUAAAUUCAAUAGAGCAAAAAGAAGAAGUUGCACUUAGAAUCUAAAAUCGAUAUUACAAAUAAAAUUAUGAGUAAUGGAAUUAAUUAAAAGAUUUUAAAUGGAAAAAUACAACAUAUCCAAUAGAGAAUAUACCAGGUAGUUUUUUAUAUACUGAAUUCGAAUUAUUUGAUGGUAAUCUUACAUCUCUUGGAAGUCAAGACCUUAAGACAAAUAUCUUUAAAAUUGCCUAAACUAUAGCUUAUGCUUUAUCAGAAAUUCAUAAGUCAAAUUUUAUUCAUUAUGAUGUAAAGCCUGAUAAUAUAGUAUUCAAAAAGAUUAAAGAUUAAGAAUUUAAGUUUGCACUAUGUGAUUUCUCCUCAAUCCAAACUCUGGAAAAGGCAAAAAGUGAAGAAUUAUUCAUUGAAGCAACACCUCAAUUUGCACCUCCAGAAAUUUAAAUUUAAGGUAUUUCUAAAGAUACAGAUGAAUCAAGCGAUAUUUGGUCAUUAGGAAUGACUCUAUACAAUCUCUAUUCUUAACAUUU